UCCAUGGUGGCUAAUCUUUUCAAGAGCCUGAUUUUACCUUACAUACAUAAGCUUUGCAAAGGAAUGUUUACAAAGAAAUUGGGAAAUACAAACAAAAAAAAAGAGAAUCGUGAGCAGAAAAGGGAUCAAGACUUUCCUGCUGCCGGCCACACCAAAACCCCCAGACUUUCUAAUACCUUGAAAAGUACUGUAAAGAAGAUUGCCAAGUGUUCAUCCACUCGCAACUUAUCCACUGAAGAAGACGAAGCUAACAAAGAAUUUUCCCUCUCACCAACGUUCAGUUACCGAGUAGCUAUUGCCAAUGGCCUACAAAAAAAUAUUAAUGUAACCAACAGUGAUAAUGAAGAUCUGCUUCAAGAGUUAUCUUCCAUUGAGAGUUCCUACUCAGAAUCCCUCAAUGAACUAAGGAGUAGUGCAGAAAACCAGCCACAGUCAACACUCAUGAUGCCGGUUAAACGCAAUAGGAAGAGUUCAAGCAGCCUGGCUCCUUCGGAGGGCAGCUCUGAUGGGGAACGCACUCUGCAUAGCUUAAAACUAGGAGCUUUACGUAAACUGAGGAAAUGGAAAAAGAGUCAAGACUGUGUCUCCUCAGAUUCAGAGUUGAGCACAAUGAAGAAAACCUGGGGAAUAAGAAGCAAAUCUUUGGACAGAACUGCCCGAAACCCAAAGACAAAUGCCCUGGAGCCAGGAUUCAGUUCCUCUGGCUGUAUUAGUCAAACACAUGAUGUCAUGGAAAUGAUCUUUAAGGAACUUCAGGGAAUAAGUCAGAUUGAGACAGAACUUUCUGAGCUAAGAGGGCAUGUCAAUGCUCUCAAGCAUUCCAUCGAUGAGAUCUCCAGCAGUGUGGAGGUUGUACAAAGUGAAAUUGAACAGCUACGUACAGGGUUCGUCCAGUCUCGGAGGGAAACCAGAGACAUCCAUGAUUAUAUUAAGCACUUAGGCCAUAUGGGUAGCAAGGCAAGCCUGAGAUUUCUAAAUGUGCCCGAAGAAAGAUUUGAAUAUGUUGAACUUGUGGUGUACCAAAUUCUAGUAGAUAAAAUGGGUUUUUCAGAUGCACCAAAUGCUAUUAAAAUUGAAUUUGCUCAGAGAAUAGGACACCAAAGGGACUGCCCAAAUGCAAAGCCGCGACCCAUACUGGUGUACUUUGAAACUCCUAAGCAAAGGGAUUCCGUCUUAAAAAAAUCAUAUAAACUCAAAGGAACAGGUAUCGGAAUCUCAACAGAUAUCCUUACUCAUGACAUCAGAGAAAGAAAAGAGAAAGGGAUACCAUCUUCGCAGACAUAUGAGAGCAUGGAUAUAAAGUUGUCUACUCCAGAGCCCCAAAUCAAGAAGAAUAAUUGGCAGCUACCAGAUGACAGUGAUGGAGAGCUGGAAUCUGACCUCAAUAGAAACAGUUAUGCUGUGCUUUCCAAGUCAGAGUUUCCAACAAAGGGAAGCAUUUCCAAGUCAAGUUCAAAGUCACACAGUGCUAGAGCCAAAAAUAAAACUGCUAGUAGCAGCAAAAGUUCAAAUAAAUCAGAUUAUAAUAAAAUUUCCUCACAAUUGCCAGAAUCAGAUACCUUGGAAAAGCAAACUACAACCCAUUAUGGAGAGGCAACCCCCCUCUGGCAUUCACAGAGUGAUUUUUUUACUGCAAAGCUUAGUCGUUCUGAAUCAGACUUUUCCAAACUCUGUCAAUCUUACUCUGAGGAUUUUUCAGAAAAUCAGUUUUUCACUAGGACGAAUGGAAGCUCCCUCUUGUCAUCCUCAGACCGGGAACUUUGGCAAAGGAGACAGGAGGGCACGCCUACCUUGUAUGACAGCCCCCAGGACUUACUUUUGGAUGGGGCUGUUCAGGGUGUCCAAGGGAACACAGAAACCGUGGACAGUGGGAUGAGUAAUGGCAUGGUAUGUGCAUCAGGAGACCAGAGUCAUUACAGCGAUUCUCAGCUCUCUUUACAUGAGGAUCUUUCUCCAUGGAAGGAAUGGAAUCAAGUAGAGCAAGGAGCUGAUUUAGGUUUGGAUUCAUCCACUCAGGAAGCUUUUGACUAUGACACAAACAGUCUAUCUGAUCAACAACUAGAUGUUUACAAUAAAGACCAAGAAGACUCGGGGAAGUGCCAUAGUGACCUUCAGGAUGACUCUGAGAGCUAUGAUUUAACCCAAGAUGACAACUCAUCUCCAUGCCCUGGAUUGGAUAAUGAACCACAAGGCCAAUGGGUUGGCCAAUACGAUUCUUAUCAGGAAGCCAAUUCUAAUGAUUUGUACCAAAAUCAAAGCCAGUUGUCCAUAGUGUAUCGAAGUGAGAGUGAAUUGCAAAGUGAUGAUUCAGAGGAUGCUCCGCCCAAAUCUUGGCAUAGUCGAUUAAGCAUUGACCUUUCUGAUAAGGCUUUCAGCUUCCCAAAAUUUGGAUCUACACUACAGCGGGCUAAAUCAGCCUUGGAGGUGGUGUGGAACAAAAGCACACAGAGUCUCAGUGGGUAUGAGGACAGUGGCUCUUCCUUAAUGGGGAGAUUUCGGACAUUAUCACAAUCAACUGCAAAUGAAUCAAGUACCACCCUGGACUCUGAUGUUUACACAGAACCUUAUUACUACAAAGCAGAAGAUGAGGAGGACUACAGUGAACCAGUGGCAGAUAAUGAAACAGAUUAUGUUGAAGUGAUAGAACAAGUUCUUGCUAAGCUAGAAAACAGGACUAGUAUUACUGAAACAGAUGAGCCAAUGCAGGAAUAUGAUCACUCUUCUUAUGAAACACCUUAUGAAACCCCUCAGGAUGAGGGAUAUGAUGGGCAGGCAGAUGAUGUGGUUAGUGAAGGAGGGUUGGAACCCUUAAAUGAAACGGUACCUGAAAUGGAAAUAAAAGAAGAUGAAAACCAAAACAUUCCUGAACAGCCCGUGGAAAUCACAAAGCCAAAGAGAAUCCGUCCCUCUUUCAAAGAAGCAGCUUUAAAAGCCUAUAAGAAGCAAAUGGCAGAAUUGGAAGAGAAGAUCCUGGCUGGAGAUAGCAGUUCUGUGGAUGAAAAGGCUCGAAUAGUAAGUGGCAAUGAUUUGGAUGCUUCCAAAUUCUCUGCGCUCCAGGCAUUUGGUGGGGCUGGGUGGGGACUUUAUGGUAUUGACAGUAUGCCAGAUCUCAGAAGAAAAAAAACUUUGCCUAUUGUACGAGAUGUGGCCAUGACCUUGGCUGCCCGGAAAUCUGGACUCUCCCUGGCUAUGGUGAUUAGGACAUCAAUGAACAACGAGGAACUGAAAAUACAUGUCUUCAAGAAGACCUUGCAGGCAUUGAUCUACCCCAUGUCUUCCACCACCCCACACAAUUUUGAGGUCUGGACAGCCACGACACCAACCUACUGUUACGAGUGCGAAGGGCUCCUGUGGGGCAUUGCCCGGCAAGGCAUGAAGUGCUUGGAGUGUGGAGUGAAGUGCCAUGAAAAGUGCCAGGACCUCUUGAACGCCGACUGUUUGCAGAGAGCAGCGGAGAAGAGUUCUAAGCAUGGUGCGGAAGACAAGACUCAGACAAUUAUUUCAGCUAUGAAAGAAAGAAUGAAGAUCAGGGAAAAAAAUAGGCCAGAGGUUUUUGAAGUAAUUCAAGAAAUGUUUCAGAUUUCUAAAGAGGAUUUUGUUCAGUACACAAAGGCAGCCAAACAGAGUGUAUUGGAUGGGACAUCUAAGUGGUCAGCAAAAAUAACCAUUACAGUGGUUUCUGCACAAGGGUUGCAGGCAAAAGACAAAACGGGAUCCAGUGAUCCAUAUGUUACAGUUCAAGUUGGAAAGAACAAAAGAAGAACUAAAACCAUUUUUGGAAAUUUGAAUCCAGUAUGGGAUGAGAAGUUUUAUUUUGAGUGCCAUAACUCCACAGAUCGAAUCAAAGUCAGAGUGUGGGAUGAAGAUGAUGAUAUCAAAUCCAGAGUCAAGCAACAUUUCAAAAAGGAAUCAGAUGAUUUUCUGGGACAAACAAUUGUCGAAGUGAGGACACUGAGUGGAGAAAUGGAUGUCUGGUACAACUUAGAGAAACGGACAGAUAAGUCUGCUGUAUCUGGGGCCAUUCGAUUGAAAAUCAAUGUGGAAAUAAAAGGAGAGGAGAAGGUUGCUCCAUAUCAUAUACAAUAUACAUGUUUACAUGAGAAUCUGUUCCAUUACUUGACUGAAGUGAAAUCUAAUGGUGCAGUGAAAAUCCCAGAGGUCAAAGGGGAUGAAGCCUGGAAGGUUUUCUUUGAUGAUGCUUCCCAAGAAAUAGUCGAUGAGUUUGCCAUGCGCUAUGGGAUUGAAUCCAUUUAUCAAGCUAUGACGCACUUCUCAUGUCUGUCUUCUAAAUACAUGUGCCCUGGUGUCCCUGCCAUCAUGAGCACCUUGCUGGCGAAUAUAAAUGCUUUCUAUGCUCACACGACAGUUUCAACAAAUGUGCAGGUUUCUGCCUCAGAUCGAUUUGCCGCUACCAAUUUUGGUAGGGAAAGAUUCAUAAAACUACUAGACCAGUUGCACAACUCUUUAAGGAUUGACCUGUCAAAGUAUAGGGAAAACUUUCCUGCUGGCAAUGCUGAAAGACUGCAAGACCUGAAAUCAACUGUGGACUUGCUAACAAGUAUCACCUUUUUUAGACUGAAGGUUCUGGAGCUGCAAAACCCCCCAAAGGCCAGCAUGGUGGUAAAGGACUGUGUCAGAGCUUGCCUGGAUGCUACGUACAAGUACAUUUUUGAUAAUUGCCACGAACUCUAUUCCCAGCUAAUAGACCCGAGUAAGAAACAGGACAUUCCUCGGGAAGAGCAGGGACCAACCACCAAGAAUUUGGAUUUUUGGCCCCAACUUAUUACCCUGAUGGUCACUAUUAUUGAUGAGGAUAAAACUGCCUACACACCUGUCCUGAAUCAGUUUCCUCAAGAACUGAACAUGGGAAAAAUAAGUGCUGAGAUUAUGUGGACCCUUUUUGCUCUGGAUAUGAAAUAUGCACUAGAAGAACAUGAAAAGCAGCGGUUGUGUAAGAGCACCGACUAUAUGAAUUUGCAUUUCAAAGUGAAAUGGUUUUAUAAUGAAUAUGUGCGAGAACUUCCUGCCUUCAAGGAUGCCAUUCCUGAGUACUCCUUGUGGUUUGAGCCUUUUGUCAUGCAGUGGCUAGAUGAAAAUGAAGAUGUGUCAAUGGAGUUUCUUCAUGGAGCACUAGGAAGAGACAAAAAAGAUGGAUUUCAGCAGACAUCUGAUCAUGCCCUCUUCUCUUGUUCCGUGGUUGAUGUAUUUGCUCAGCUUAAUCAGAGCUUUGAGAUUAUUAAGAAACUGGAAUGCCCUAACCCUGAAGCAUUAUCUCACUUAAUGAGAAGAUUCGCAAAGACUAUCAAUAAAGUACUGCUUCAGUAUGCUGCAAUUGUAUCAAGUGAUUUUAGUUCCUACUGUGAUAAGGAAAAUGUGCCCUGUAUACUGAUGAACAAUAUUCAGCAAUUACGGGUCCAGUUGGAAAAAAUGUUUGAAUCCAUGGGAGGAAAAGAGUUAGAUCCUGAAGCUAGUGCUAUUCUGAAGGAACUUCAAGUUAAACUCAGCGGGGUUCUUGAUGAGCUCAGCAUCACUUACGGGGAAAGUUUCCAGCUUAUCAUUAAGGAGUGUGUAAAACAGAUGGGAUUUGAACUAAAUCAAAUGAGAACAAAUGGAAAUACUGCAUCUAAUAAGAACAGUGCAGCAAUGGAUGCAGAGAUUGUAUUAAGACCUCUCAUGGACUUCUUGGACAAAACAUUGAGUCUCUCAGCAAAAAUCUGUGAGAAAACAGUUCUGAAGCGACUUUUGAAAGAGCUGUGGAAGCUAGUUCUAAACAAAAUAGAAAAACAGAUUGUUCUCCCUGCUCUGACAGAUCAAACAGGACCCCAGAUGAUUUUCAUCACUGCUAAAGAUCUUGGACAAUUAUCGAAACUAAAGGAGCACAUGAUUCGAGAGGAUGCCAAGGGUCUGACGCUAAGGCAGUGCACCAUAAUGGAGGUGGUCCUGGCUACCAUCAAGCAAUACUUUCAUGCGGGAGGAAAUGGCCUCAAAAAGAAUUUCUUGGAGAAAAGCCCAGAUCUUCAAUCUCUGAGAUAUGCUCUCAGUCUUUAUACCCAAACGACUGAUGCCUUGAUAAAGAAGUUCAUAGACACUCAAACCUCACAGAGUCGCUCCUCCAAAGAUUCAGUGGGUCAGAUAUCUGUUCAUGUGGACAUCACCACCACCCCAGGAACUGGAGAGCAUAAAGUCACUGUGAAAGUGAUGGCUAUUAAUAACCUGAACUGGCAGACCACCGCCAUGUUCCGCCCCUUCGUGGAAGUUUGUAUUCUGGGACCCAAUCUUGGAGACAAGAAGAGAAAACAAGGCACAAAGACAAAAAGCAACACCUGGUCACCCAAGUACAAUGAAACAUUUCAGUUUAUUCUGGGUAAUGAAAACCACCCAGGAGCCUAUGAACUUCAUCUCUCAGUUAAGGAUUACUGCUUUGCCCGAGAAGAUCGAAUUAUCGGCAUGACAGUGAUUCAGCUACAGAGCAUAGCAGAAAAGGGAAGCUAUGGGGCAUGGUAUCCCCUUUUGAAAAAUGUUUCUAUGGAUGACACCGGUUUGACUAUUCUUAGAAUACUCUCUCAGAGGACCAGCGAUGAUGUGGCUAAAGAAUUUGUAAGACUUAAAUCUGAAACAAGAUCUGCUGAAGAGAGUGCUUGAAAGGAAUACUGAAGAUACCAUCUUCGAGAAUGCAUACACUAUAAUUGUUUGACUACUGCAUGCAUGUGCAAAUACAUGGGAAUGUUUAUUUCACUACAUUUCGGUGUUUGCCAGUAAUCACGUACAAUGUCUACAAGGUACGUGGAAAACCUGCUGAACUUGUAUACAUACCAUCACUGGUCUUUGGGAAAUAAAUGUUCCAUGAAGUGCCAAAAUUAUGAUGUAAACUGAAAUAUCCAGAUCUUUUUAAAUGUUUAUUGCAUCUCAUUAACAAUUUUUCACCCACUAAGCAUACUGAAAAACAAUUAAGUCUUUUCAGUUCAUCUAUUAGUUGUUUUUGUUAAAUUAGUUUCAAUUGCCCAUAGAUCAGAAAGAUUUGUUACUCAAAUUCUGUUUUAUUUAGACUUACCUCAUUGUAGAUGUCUUAGAAAUACCCUUUUCUAUUACAACUAGAAAUGCAGUCACCACUAGAAAGCAUUUGUAAUUUUAUAGUUGAAGAUAUAUUGUGAUGAUUUUUGCAUACAAAUUAAAAUAGAAAAGGUGGGAAAUAUUUUAUGCUGACCAGUUUCCAACCUUUCUGAAAUAUCACUGUGAAGAAAUGCUAUUAAAGCAAACUUAUACAAAGCAAUGCUAAAUAGUUUGUUAACAAUGUUUGAUAUAUUGACAAAACUUUGUUCUUCAAAACUGCCACAGCCACAUCACAUUUGUUAAAAAGGUAAGUUGAUGCACUUGCCACCUAGCAUUAUGUCUUGGCUUUAUCAAAUUUAAUUCUUUACAAAGUCAUGUAAUAGAAAGUUUUUUAAAAAAAAUAUCUAUCAUAAGUAACUACCAUUAGUGUUUUCCCUCUGACAGAUAUGACUAACUCCUUAAUUCCUUAGCACUGUAAUCAGUUCAAUGCUUUUUUCUUUUAAAAAUAUUCAACGAUUUGUACUAAAUACAGCAUUACUAUAUAUUGCACUGGAACGAAAAGCCUUGUCUUCAUCUACUUAAUGAAAAAUGUAAAACAGAAUCUAAAGAAACUGCUUACAAUCUUGUAAUUUAUGUUAUUUAUAAGACCAAGAUGCAUCAGAUGAAAUAGGAAAACAAUAACUAAGUUGGAUUUUUGACUAUGAAAUACUUCAUGAAUAUUUGCAUUUGCUGUAUCUUUAUGGUUUGACUUUUUGGAGUCUCUCUAAAUAGUUGGCUGUAGAGCAGUACUUUGAAACAUGCUCAUAACUGUUAGUGGACAACAUAUAGCUGCAGAAACAAGAACCAAUUACAAUGAUUGUGUUUUGUGAACAAGCUGGUCUGGUAUGUUAAGAACAAAGUUAAUAUUAUCCUGAAUCUCAGAACCAUUCUGCUCCUGGGUGUGAAAACACAGACCAGUGAAAUCCACUAAUUCAUGUUAAAUUGUUAGGCAGUUGCUUUGUUAAUGACUUCUCCAAAUGCAUAGUGCAACGUGAUCCUGUGGCAUACGCAUUAAUAAAUGGAUGUAUAUUGAGAACAUGCAACA